CUGUGUUAUUAGUCAUCACAAGUUAACAUAUUUAAGUUACAUACUUAUAUUAUUCAUCAGUUAGAAUUUGGAAUUCAUUAAAAACGCAUUAUAAUGGAACUAUUCAAUAUUUCAUUGUUAUUUUUUAUUACAUUAUGGCAAUCUACGUUACAACAUAUUUUUUUAAAUAAAUUUUAUGGAAACUAUCAAAAGUCAUUGAAUAUUCAAAAUGAAUUACAUAGCGCGAAAUACAGAUAUGAGAUUAAAACUAUUGAUAUGCCGGUAGAUCAUUUUAGUUUUUCAGUAUUAAAUACAUUUAAAUUACGAUAUCUUAUAAAUGGUACUUGGCAAAAAACAAAUAAUGCACCAAUUUUCUUUUAUACUGGAAAUGAAGGUAACAUAGAAACUUUUGCUCAAAAUACAGGUUUUAUGUGGGAUAUAGCCCCAGAAUUUGGAGCUUUGUUAGUUUUUGCUGAACAUCGUUAUUAUGGAGAAUCUAUGCCUUAUAAUAAUAAAUCAUAUGCAGAUUUAAAUCAUUUAGGAUAUUUAACAUCUCAACAAGCUCUUGCAGAUUAUGUUGAUUUAAUUCAAUAUCUAAAAUCUAAACCAAAAUAUAAAAAUAGUCCUAUAAUAGUUUUUGGUGGUUCAUAUGGUGGUAUGCUUAGUGCAUGGAUACGCAUAAAAUAUCCUCAUAUUGUACAAGGAGCAAUUGCAUCUUCAGCUCCAAUAUUACAAUUUACUGGAAUCACAGAAUGUGAAAGUUUUCUACGUAUAGUUACUUCAGAUUUUAAAAAAGCUCAUUCAAAUUGUCCAAAACUUAUUCGUAAAUCAUGGAAUAUUAUUAUGAAUAUAACAUCAACUAAUGAAGGGAAAAAAUGGUUAUCAGAUAAUUGGAAAUUAUGUCAACCUUUAAAGAAUGAAAAUGAUAUUGAACAAUUAAUAUCUUAUUUGCAAGAUAUUUACACAAAUCUUGCUAUGGUAAAUUAUCCUUAUAAAGCUAAUUUUUUGGCACCAUUACCUGCUUAUCCUAUUAAUGCUGUAUGCAAACACUUAACUAAUGAAUCACUCACAGGAAUAGAAUUAUUAAUAGCAAUAAAAAAUGCAAUUAAUAUAUUCACUAAUUAUACUAGUGAAACAAAAUGUUUAAAUUUAAAUAAUUCUACACCUCAAUUAGAUGCUAUAGGAUGGUCUUUUCAAGCUUGUACAGAAAUGGUGAUGCCAAUAUGUUCAGAUGGAAUAAAUGAUAUGUUUAAACCUCAUACUUGGAAUUUGGAUGAAUAUAGUAAUGAUUGCAUAAAACAAUAUUCAGUAAAACCACAACCAAACUUAAUAUGUGAAAAAUAUGGAUGUAAAGAUUUAUCAACUGCAACAAAUAUUGUUUUUAGUAAUGGUUUAAUGGAUCCAUGGUCUAGUGGUGGAGUAUUACGAAAUUUAUCUUCUUCUGCAAUAGCAAUAAUAAUUCCAGAAAGUGCUCAUCAUCUUGAUUUAAGAAGUAGUAAUCCUAAUGAUCCAUUCAGUGUUGUUUUAGCACGAAAAUAUCAUCGUUUCUUCAUUAAAAAAUGGAUCAAUGAAUAUCAUGAAAUAAAAAAGUGAUCAAUAAAAUAUUUAUAUUGAUACUGUGAUAGAAAAAUUCAAUAAAAGAUAUAUUAAAAAAAAGUGAAUUAAAAAAAAUCAAA